AUGCUAUUCGCUGGAAAAAGUAAAAGAAUGAGGAAAUGAAAAUAAUUUAUCAUUUGUCUAUAACAUAUUCUUGUUUUUGCUUAAAACGUUGGGCAGAAAAGUUGAAGUCAUCAGCCUGGUUUCCUGCCUAGUAUGUAGUAGGGCUGAAUGAAAGCCUAUAGUGUGAUAGAUUUGGUAAGAUAGAGGCGGAGAUAAGCAUAGGAAAAAAUGAUAGAAACAGGUGUCACAUUUACAUUGGGGUCUGAUGAGCAGUAGAAUAUGCUGUCGUUGUGUGGAGGCCCUCUUCUGCUGCACGCAACUGAUAUGUGAAUGAAUAACCCAAAAUUUACCUGAACCCUAGUUACGUAUGUCAUUCCCCACAGAUGCAUUGAGUUAAGUUCUAAGACGUAAUGCAGCCAUGGUUCUGUGGAUAAUUCUAACAGGUCUGGUCACAUUGGUUCAGUGUAAAGAUACUGUAUCAAGGACACAAGGAUACAUUCGCCAUGAAUUUCCAGGCAACAUCAAGUUUACAUUUCCCCACGACGCCGUUAAUGACACAUUUGAGGAAUUGAAGGUGUCUUUGAACAAAGGAUUUAGCAAAACAGAGACUGUUUGUGUAGUAUUCUUCAAUUCCACCCAGAUAAAAUUUGAAGAAAAUAACUGCCGAGUGAAAAAAGUGGCACACGAAGUGACUUUUUCCCUGUGGGUAAAUAAUACAGACAUUUACUUUUUCCACAAAGAAAGGAUGUUUCCCCCACCUUACAAGAGUGAAUGGGAUAAUGGCACUAUUAUUCAUAUAAAAGAGCCUAAAUGCAAUGAACCAGAGAUUAAAAAGAAUCUCGAUCACUCUUUGAGCCUAUUUAUUGCACUUGGAUGUUUUGCAUUAUACAGUAUUAUAAUCACUACGGCUUUUCUAUAUAUUGUGAGAAAAGGAAGAAGAACCAGAAUUCAACAGAGUGAAUAUAUUAAUGUUGUGCCACGACGACCGCGACCUCAUUUGUCUUGUGUAGCAUACGCUACCACUCCUGCUAUCUGUCAUUCUCGCUGACUGCUACCUAAGCUGUUCCAUCUGAGGGCAUUUACAUGGACUGUUACCUCAACAAAACAACAAGAUACCUCUUUUCAACCUGGGUAUCCAGUUGAUUCUGUAGAUUUGGUUACAUUCUGAUCAUCAAAUUCAUCAUAUUUGCAUUAAUCAUUGAAAAUAUUUCUUCUUUUUUAUAUUUCUUAGAUUUUCCUCAAAGCUAAGCAGUAGUAAUUGUACAGUAAUUAAAGAUGUUUUUUGUAAACUUUGUAAAAAUACAGUAGCAGAAGGAAUGCAUUUUUUCACAUUACACCAGUGAAAUACUGCAGUAAAUAUUAUACAAAAUUAAAUAAAUUAAAAGAAUUAACAAACAUACAUUAUGUAUGUAAAAAGCCAUACUAAUAUUAAUUAUUAAUGUGAUGCUGUCACUAAGAUAAAUGUAUCAAAUUAACUGUUCCCUGCAAAGAAGAUAUUUAGGUGGUUGAUUUACUAAAGGAAAAUAGACUGUG